AUGCGAAUUUGGUUGAUUGGUUUUGUGAUUGGGGUCACGAAUGGAGCCCCAAUCAUUCAAACAGCAAAUAAUACGAUGAAUGAUCGUCAAUCGUCAACAUUCUUAACAGAAAAAGACGCUCGACCAAUCACUACUCAAGCUUCAACUUCCACCGGGAAUUUCCUUCAAAUGAUGGAGAGUGUUGUAAAUGAUCCAAUCAUGGGAAAAGUUUGGAGUUUUAUCGAGAAUUUCACUGGUAAUGCGAUGCAAAAACAAGGCACGAUUGUGCCUGAGAUUUCGGCGAUGCAAGACGAAAUGCCACAUGUCGUGCAGAAAGCCGAAGGGGUUUCGACGAGUAAAAUCCGCUCACAUACACGAAUACUUCGAGACGAGACACCGAAAGUCUCAUUGAAUCGAGAUUUGGCAAGUCAAGAUGAUUCUUUAGCUAUGUCAUCAGGCAAAAUCACGGAUCAAGCCUGGUCGAAAACCCUGUUUGGAGAAAGGGGCGUUCUGACGGAGAUUUUCCACGUUUUUGAUGAGCAGAGAAGGGCAGCUGAAGCGAAUUCGAAUCAUCCAUCACAAAGCGAUCAAAGUGACAGUGCUGGGAAAAUUGGCUCAAAUGACGUUGAUUUGAAGAAGAUUUUCGACAGUAUUUUCUCGAGUUCACCAAGCGGACAAUUCGGGGAUCCGGGACCCGAGUUGCCGGAGUUUCUCGGCAUUUGCAAUCGUUUAAGCUGCGGUGAUAUUUACAAAGCGAUUGAUCAAUUCAGGAAAUCCGAGUUUUUCUCAAAUUUUCAGACCGCUCUUCAAUUAAUUCAAGAUCCAAAAGGCUGGGAAAUUAUUGGAAAAGCUCUUGAAAAUCCCGAAAUGAUCAGCGAAUUUGCGGGAAACUCCGGUUUAAAGGAAAUGUUUGGAAGUGCACUUGGGGAAAGUGAUAAAGAGAAGACAAAAGCUAAUGAGCGAAAGAAGACCGAAAUUCUGCCAGAAGACGGGGAUUUCGGAACGGAUUUCACCGAGAUCGUUGACGGGUUGAAACCGAAGAAUAAAUUAGGAGAAAAGCCUGAUAUCUCGUUUUCGAUUGAUAAAAACGGUGACGGGGAUUACUAUAGUCAGUUGAGCAAAUCAACUGAUGGAGAUGAGGAUCGUGUAGAUCAUGUGGACGUUGAGAUACAAGUGCCAAAAGGGGCAGUCAUUGAACCAGUCGAGAAACCGAUUCCCCCAUCGAAAAAGAUCGAGAAAUCCGGUGCUGAUUCUCUGCCGGAGCUCUCAUUUUCCGAAGAUGGUGAGGAAGAAAUGGUGAAUGUGGAUGGAGGCGAAGAAAUGGUUGUCGUUGAGAAGUCGAUUGAUAUUAUGCCCCCGAAAAAGUUGAUCGAUGUCCGAGUCUCUCCACCAUCAACUACACCAUCAACUACAGCUAAACCCCAGCAACAGCGAGUGAUUCGUUUAUCGAAUACCACGCAGUCAAUAUUUUCGUCAACAACAAGAACGGCAAGAAGAAUCACGAUAAAAUCAUCUCCUCGAUCGACAACAAUACCGACAACAACGCGAAGAAAUUAUCGAAAAGACGAUGAUUAUUAUGCAAUGUAUUAUGAUCAU